CCUCCCGCCGCCCGCGCCGGGCGCAGCCGCGGCGGAGCGGAGCCGCAGGGCCGGCGCCUGAGAAGGAGCAAAGUACUGACUAAAGCUAGCAGGCAAAAUACGCAGAGCUGAAGAAGGAUUAUCUCUGCUUGCAGAUCAUCAAGUUUACAAUGGCAAUGCUCUGGAAAUUCAUGAGAGUAGCUAAGUAUUCUAAAACAGCUUUAUCAUCAAAAGUAAAAGUAAGAGGAGUUCCCACCCAUUCAAGGCAUUCUUCAUCCAAGUCUGUACCUUCAGAUUUUGGUGCCAGUGCACCCUGCUCAAAUACUUUGGAACUGCUUGGUAAAUCUUAUCCUCAAGAUGACUACAGCAAUGUCACAGAGAAGAUUCUUUCCAAGGUGGGGAAGAACUUGCACAACAGAAAACAUCACCCUUUGUGGCUAAUCAAGGAGCAGGUGAAGGAGCACUUUUACAAACAUUACCUAGGACGCCGUGGGACUCCGCUCUUUUCUGUGUACGACGGUCUUUCUCCAGUGGUUACAGUCCAGCAGAAUUUUGAUAAUUUACUUAUUCCGCAAAACCAUGCCAGCAGAAGGAAAGAGGAUAACUAUUACUUGAAUCGUGACCACAUGCUAAGAGCACAUACAUCAGCCCAUCAGUGGGACUUGAUACACUCGGGCCUAGACGCCUUUCUGGCGGUGGGAGAUGUCUACCGGCGAGACACGAUCGACAGCACCCACUACCCCGUCUUCCAUCAGAUGGAGGGAGUGCGCCUCUUCUCCUGCCAUGAGUUGUUCUCCAGCAUUAAAGAUGGUGAAGGUUUACAGCUGUUUGAGCAAGGCCAUCGCACUGCACACAAGCAGGAGUGUCACACCAUGGAGGCAGUGAGGCUGGUGGAGUUCAACCUGAAGCAAGUGCUCACGAAGCUCAUGACUCACAUCUUUGGUGACGGACUGCAAGUCAGAUGGGUAGAUUGCUACUUCCCAUUUACUCACCCUUCCUUUGAGAUGGAGAUCAACUUCCAAGGAGAAUGGAUGGAGGUCCUGGGCUGCGGGGUCAUGGAGCAGCAGCUUGUUAACUCAGCUGGUGCUCAGGAUAAAAUUGGCUGGGCAUUUGGCUUGGGUUUGGAGAGGCUGGCCAUGAUCCUGUACGAUAUCCCUGACAUCCGACUGUUCUGGAGUGAAGAUGAACGCUUCUUGAAACAAUUUAUUGGGCCUCACAUUUGGCAAAAAGUAAAGUUCCAGCCACUCAGCCGAUAUCCGCCUUUGAUCAAUGACAUCUCCUUCUGGCUGCCUUCUGAGACAUACUCUCAGAAUGAUUUCUAUGAUUUGGUUCGAACCAUUGGUGGAGACUUGAUAGAAAAGGUUGUCCUACUGGAUGAAUUUGCCCAUCCAAAGUGACCAGUGUUUUGAUCUGCUUGUGUCACACAGUCCAGCUGGAAGAAGCACCAAGACUGCCAUUAUUCUGUGUUAUAAGGGCUGUAUAAUUGCACUACAGAGCAAUUUUCAUUUACUAAUGAGUAUUAUGUUACUCUACUGUCUUGACAUUGCAGGAACUAGACAGUGAUUAUUUGAACUGCAGACAGUGCCCUGCUUGUGUGUUUUCUGCUGCUUAGGUAACCUUUGCAGAAGAACUGGAGCAGGGAACGAGGGAAUAAAGAGGGACUGACAAGGCACAUCUGGUCAGGCAGCUGAUUGGUAGUCGGCGAUGUUGCACUUUGGGAAAAAAGCCCCACAUGCAACACAAAAAUAUAAUACAGCUGAUCAAAUGCUUGGAUGCUUCAGUACUAAUCAGGAAAGAAUCUGGGAUGUGAAAAAAAAAGCCACCUGUGUGAGGGAACGAAAGCCUUGCUACAUUUUGUUUCUUUCAGAUCUUUUUGAGGAUGGAAACAUUUUAAAUUACAAUAACUUGACUCACAUGGCUGGCUCUGCACUUAGCAUUUCUAUCUGUGGUAUUUCCUUAAUUGGCUGUUGGCUUGUAUCCCCUCUUUGUGUGUACAUAGAUGUCUGUGUAAAUUGCAAACAAAAGCAGGUGAUUCCUUGACUUCCUUUUUAGUAUUCUGCUCCAGCACCUGUAAGAAUUGGACAAAUGACAUGAUGUUCUCUGGCAUUAUGCAUGAUGUAGCUGUGUGUGAACACAGCCCCACAGCUCAGGGAGCUCUCAUGGCCUCCUGUUAUGUGAUCAGUUAGUGAACAGAGGACACAUGCUAGAAUUACCCUCUGCACACGUGGCUGUACAACUUGGGAUUCUGGACGGCUCCUUGAACAGCACCUACUUCUGAAAAUGUAGCAGAGGUGGAAAAACCCACUACUCAAGUUUGCUUCUUUUUCUUGCACAGAAUCCAUGAAGAACUGGGGUAGCACACACCUCCCUGUAACAAAAGAGUACUCAAAGCCAAAGGAGGCCUACAGGUUUUCUUCUUUUUCAAUAAAAACAGAUCUUAUGUGGCCCAUUUUUCUUAAAAGCUGUUACAGGCAGUGGCAAAUCACUGAAAUUCCUGCAUCCUGUAUCAAGCCACUGGGCAAGGAAAAAGGAAAGGGGGCAACUAUGUAUUUUUAAAAAAGUUUAAUGGAGGGAAAAUAUCUCUUACCUAAAUUAGGAUAUUGUCUGAAAGAUGUUUUGGUAUAAUCCGUUAAGUCAGUGGUUUCAAAACAAGUCCCUACUGGGUGAAAUUUUGUUGUCUGGGCUGUGGAUGGAGAUCAGACAAGGAUUACAGGAUGAUGGGUUUGGAUGUAAGACAUGAAAUACACCCUUCUGAGCAACUGUGUGCAAGAUGGACCAUGCUCUGACCCAAUCCAAGAAGCUUUUCUAAUGAGGAAACAUAGCUGGCAACAUGUGACUGAAUUCCUUGGUUUGCUCUGCUUGUGCUUGUGGCUUUUGCUUUACCUAUUAAACAGCCUUUAUCUCAGCCUAUGAGUUUUCUCACCUUUACCCUUCCAAUUCCUUCCCCCAUUCCAUCAGGGGAGUGAAGGAGUGGCUGUGUGGAGCUUAGUUGCUGGCUGGGGUUAAACCACAACAACUUGCAACCUUCAAAUAUAAAGUCCUUGGCUAAUUUCAGGGUGAAUUCUAGAGGGGAGAUGAUAUGUCCCUGGAAUGCAUCAUUCAUUUUCACUUUUAAUACCUGUUCAGAAAUGGAGCUAAAACUAUUAUCCUCAAUGCUUAAGCAAAUCUUGUGAAUUACAAAAAGAUUCCUACACAAAUGGGUCAGGGAAAAACUAUACUGAGCUAGAGAUUAGUCUUCAGAAGUUACCUAGUUUUCUGUGGGGAAAUUUACUGGCUGUUUACACUUUUAUGAGUUACUUUUUAAAACAAAAGUUUUCAUAAUUUGAAGAUUAGAUUUCAAGUUGAGGUCAUUUUACUAGAAAGUGACUUUUAGAUGGGGAAAUAGUAUAUUAUAGAAAAAAAAUUAGAGUGUGAUUCAUAAAACAAAUCAAGGCUUAGUUGAGGUUGCUCUUGCAAUUAACUAUAGAAUCCACAAUUCAAGAUUGUCCUUUUCAGAAAAGCAAUUACCCUGUCAUUAAGACAACCUAUUCUGAAUCCAAAAUUUUGCUCUUUUCAUCCUGAAUUUCUCUGUCAAGCCCCUGUUCAAAGAGAACCUUCAAAUGUGAGCUGUAUUUAAGCAAGGGUAACCAGUAAAGUGAGUUAACCUGAAAUGACUCCAGGGGGAAUGGUAAAAGCAAUUGUAGCAGUCUCUGUAUAAAAUAAACCAGAAAGAAGAAAAAGAAA